AUGGUACUGUGUGCUGGUUGUGAACAAAAAAUCGAAAGUAGACAAUAUCUUACUUGCUCCUUUUGUAAGAAAUACUAUGACACAAAAUGUGCCAAUCUCCAGGAAGAUCAAUAUUUGCGUAUGAACUCUCAAACUAAAUUGCUGUGGGAAUGUCCGGAAUGUAAGUGUAAAAAACCAAAGAAUAUCAAUGCAAAUACACCUAUCAGACAGCAAACCGGUGACAUCACACUCAAUUGUACACCAGACGCAAAUGUUACUCUCCGGCGUAAACAAAGCCAAAACAAUGCCUCAAUAUAUUUCGAAGAGACAAGUCCUCUCGGCAAUACGUUAUGCCAAUAUAAAAAUAUUGAAAGCGGAUCACAAUCUACAUUAACCCUACAAAAUUUGAGUGAACUAAUAUCAGAGAAACUUAAAGAAAACAACAUGGCUAUAAUAUCUGAAUUAAGAAGUACUAUACAAAUGGAAAUAAAUAAAGCUAUCUCAAAACUAAAAGAAGACUUUAAGCAAGAUACAGAUGCAUUGCUACAAAAAAAUGAAGACCGAAGGGCGGAAAUAAAUAAAAUAAAUGAUAAAAUAGAGAUGCUACAAAGAGAAAAUAUUAAGUUACAGAAUGAAAUAAAAAGUAUACAAUACAAAACAUCAGCUGGUACUGGUACUGGGAAACAUUAUAACCAAGAAACAAACGCAAAGAAAUUUGUAAUUUACGGUCUGAGAGAAAUUUAUAAGGAAUCAGAAAAUGAACUUUAUGAUAGGAUCUGCAACCUGUUCUGGGAUAUUCUGGGAGUGGAUCUGUCGGGAUUCAUAGAAGAAACAUUUAGAAUUGGAAGAUAUAACAGAGUAAAUAGACCUUUAGUAGUGGAAUUGAUGAGUAAAAGAACAACUAAAUAUAUAUGUGAAAAUAGCCGUUAUUUCCAGGGAACUGGUAUAACUGUUUCUGAAUUCCUUGAUGAAGAUGCACGAAAGCAAAGAAAACAAUUACGAGACAGAAUGUUAAUAGCUAGGAACAAGGGACAACAUGCAAUAAUUCGAAAUAAUAAAUUGUACAUUGAAGGAGAACUAAUCAUCGAAGACCGUGAGAAUGGAACAAGACAACAUCCCUCAUCUACGCAGCCUCAGAUAACCCCCACCAGAAUAGAACUACAUAACGGAAACUCAUACGGGAAGAGUGAAUUAAUGGACGAUGACCAGUUAGUUCGGCGGAGCAGUGAGUCCUAUACUUUUCGUACACACAACACAAAAAUGUAA